AGAAAUAUACCUACGUACAUAUGUACCUACAUAUUACAUUCAAUGAAAUAAUAUGGCGCAAUUAAAUCACAAAAGCCCAACAGUUAGCUCGUUAUUUACAAGAAAGGUGAAAAGUAAUGUUUUGCGCACUCUAAGCCUCAGAAGUGCAUCUUAUACCGGACAAUAAACAACGGGAUAAAAGUGAGUAAAUGUUUCAAAAGUUCCUUUUAAAUUAACAAACGUGCCUAACUAGCCAGAACUUCUCCAAAUAACGACCCUCCCACUUUAUCAAAUUACCUUCACAAAGGUAUCUAAAUACGUCGACACUUCAACUCUCUGUUUACAUCAAGUCUAAUACCGUAUCUCUAAACGAUCCAAACCGUACUAACAACGUCAGAUGUAUCCAUUCAUAAAAUGACUAAUUUGUCACAAAUUUCAGAUAAAUCUUAACAGUCUGCCACUAUACUUUUAUGUAUAAUAACGUUUGCUUGCUAUCGGCAUGUUUAUGUCAAUUUAAUCAGUCAAUUGACAGAGCGAAGUGUUGCUCUCAAGUGGAGCAUCUCGCCGCCAUAAGCAAACAGACAUUAAGGGAUUACCGGAUAACUACGUAACGCAGCAAUACGUACGUGCACGACUGUAAACAAAGCCUAUAUCUCAGCUCAGUGUAAGCUCGCCUCAUCCGCGGCUCGCCCGUCUCAAUAACAUUCUUUGUACGAGAAAAAAUGGACAAUUAGAAACAUUCGUGAGACUAUUUCUGUAUCGUGACUGAAUCUAAGGCGAGCCCAUUGUUGUGAAGAUUAGGAAAUGAAAAAAUAUACUAGGAAGAAAUCCAGCGCACGUUUAAUUAUAAUAGAUAGGUAAAUAGAUGAGUCCAGCCAACAGAACUCCCAUCUGCGAGCCGAGCGACCUGCACCCAGGGGUCACCAUCACAGACAUGGACACUGUGCAUGAAGAGAAUGAUAAUGACAACGACAGUGACGAGUCGUACUCAGACCUGGGUCACCUGCGGGAGCGGACGCGCGCCAUGCUGGGCACGCCCUCGGAGCCGCUGAUGCAACCUCCACACUCGCAGCCCAGCAGCCGACGCAUGUCCUCCGAUAUCGAAGCUAAACUCGCUGCGAACCUCAACACAAGACGGCCGUCGGCCAUAAUAGCAGCGUUCCGCCGUCCGUCGCAAGCGCUGGCGCUGUGCGCGGCCACGCAACGCAGGUUCCUGUCCGAGCUGUCGCCGCACUCACGCACCUCCGUAGCUUCCACUGCACACGAACAACCGCUUUCAGCUGCUCACAUACUAGGACACGAGGCUUUAAGCAAAGCCCUAUCAGCUUUGUAUGGCAAGCUUCUAGUGGUGCUGGGUCUGGCCUUUCCCGUCACCGAAGUCAUCGCGGGUGGAGUACCUGAUGGUUAUUAUCAGGGAUUUUAUUUGUACUUAUAUUUGGUAUCACUAAUAUUUGUGGUAUUCCAAUACUUCAAUAUAAUGCGCCAGAAGGCUGUCGAACUAAUUAUUAACGACUACGAAGAGAAUACUUUAAAGGAGGAUAAAAAUGGCAAAACUACACCUGCAGAUAAACAUAAACCAAAGGAAAAUAUUUCUCGCUACGGAAGUUUUUAUUUAAGGCUUGGAGGAAUAGCGUUUGGUAUUGGUUCCAUGGUGUGCAGUGGAUUGGAAUUAGGAGAAUACUUCGAAAUGACAGACAGGUGCCGGUCCGUGCUGUCUGUGAUUACGCCGGGAUUACGAAUGGCCCUAACUUUAGGUCAAAUGCAGUUUAUGUUCCUGACGAACAAAGACAUUGAAACAGGCCGAUACAAGUUGAUACAGAGGUUUGGUUUUAUGCACAUGAUUGCAACAAACUUGUGUGAAUGGUUGUACGUUUUAGUCGAAGAAACGAAACAUGAAAUCCAUCACUUAGAACAUACUAUAUUGAUUCGAGGGAACAGUACGCAUCAUGUGUCAGAGGAGAUUCCUUGCCGAAGGUCGAACAUUAUGGGGGCGCUGCUUCAGAACGCUGCACCGUUCUUAUUUCCAUGUACUAUUGAAUAUUCUCUCAUCUGUGCUGUCAUAUUAUACGAAAUGUGGAAAGAGGUAAAGUGCACGCCAGAAGACUUUGAGCGGAAAUUCAAUAUUCCUAAAAAUAAAUCUCGGAAUAAUUCAAUGACACCAGAAAAAAUUCUUCAACAAUUCGCUGGCAUGUUGGGAGUGAGUUCUCCUCAUGGUAGUCGCGCUGCCCUCCAUAAUUUCUCAGUGGAUUGCUCCCACGCUCACCGCGGUCUCUUCGCUGGGAUACUAGUCAUCGUUUUUACCAUAAUAUCUCUUAUUAUGUUCUUCGUACUGGCCAGCAACCCUAACACGAUUACUGAUGCAAUAUUCGAAGUCAACGUAUGCGAGUUAGUUCUAUACUCUUUAUCAAUAAUCGCAUCCGUAACAGCCUUUAUACAAAUGAGAGCUUUGUCAUAUAAAAGGAAAUCAAAGGCAAUUCUAGGCCUGGAUCCGUUCCUACUGAUACUGGCUCAGUCUGGUAUGUUCGUGUAUUGCAUGUUCAGCUUAAUAGGAAGUCACCACACUCAGAACCAAAGCAACAGUGUCGGCUUGACAGGAUUCUUCUCCGAGUUUCUAUCUCUUAAUCAGACGAUUAUUCAAACGUUAUUCAUAAUCGAUGCGUGGUGGCGGCGGAGCAGCUCGUCCGAGCAGCGGCGGAACAAGCCCGGCCGACAGCUUGUCACGUUCCUACUUGUUGCUAAUAUGGCCAUGUGGGCCAUCAACACUCUUGAGAAGAGUCGCGCCGAAUUCCGACCGGCGCAUCUGGCUUUCUACGGACCCUGGGCAUGGACCAUCAUCACCCACGUCUCCAUGCCUCUGGCUAUAUUCUACCGGUUCCACUCAACUAUAUGCCUCUUCGAAAUUUGGAAGAAAUGCUUCAAGAACAAACCCUUGUUUUUAAAUGUUUAGCUUUAUAUUUGGGUUGACAGAACUUAGAAAAUGAGGGGAGGCAAUGAUAAUUAGUAGUUCAAUGCGUUUAGAUGAAAUUAAAGACAUGAUAAGUUUGAAAAGACGUUUCUUAGUUAAUCUCAAAAACCUUUGAAUGUAUUGAUUUAAGCAUAUUUUAUAUACAAAGUUGUUAUGAAGGCAUAUCUAAAUGUUCUUAAAUAAAACACUUAUAGGUUUAAUAACAUCGUGGUAUUAAGUUCCUGCGGGAUCUCCUAAUUUAAUAAGAAUAUGAAAUGAAGUUGCAGACAAUACCUGCAUUAUUAUAUAUUAUGAUAUGAUAAAUGAUACUGUAAAAUUGUUAAAAUAAAAGUAUUUUGUACCUGA